AGUACGCAUUAAGUCUGGGAAUGCGGCGGCGUUGUCUUUAAAUGGAUGACACGGGGAUAUCCUCCUCCCAUGACCCAACCCGGUUUCAUUUGUUUUCUUCGUUUUAAAAGGCCGCAAACCUAUUGCCGGGAAGGUAAACAAGCCAAGCACUCCACACAGAAGAAUACUGUCUGGGCAACUCUGUGCUGGCCCAUACACCGCAAAAAUCUACCUGUGGAAUUCGAAAUUUACGAGAUUUAUUAAUCAGACGAGGAAAGAACGACAAAAAAUGCAAGAAUCAAUCGCUACAAUCCUUCUCCUUCCAAUACUGGGACAUGCAGUUCGUGUAAGCAACGAAUUUUGCAGACCACGUCCUACUUUAGUGCCCAUAGACAAUCCAGAAUUCAAAUUCUUCCCAUACUUUGUGAAGCUUCAGCAGUGUGGUGGAUCAUGUGACCAUAUUCAACCCACGGUAAAAUCAUGCAUUCCACUUGAGGACAACGAAGUGUCUGUCACGGUGCAAAUGGUGGGUACAAGUGAAAUGCGGGUUAUAAAAGUGAAAAAUCACACACGAUGUGGAUGUGAAUGCGUCCGUGGCCCGGAAAAUUGUGACUUUGAGUUGGAGGAAUGGAAACCAGACCUAUGUCAGUGCCAGUGUAGAAACAGAGACAGACCACCGGUUCCGUGUGAGGCAGGAAAGACUUGGAGUAAAGCUCAGUGUAGAUGUGUGUGCAAUAAGCAGCCUCAAUCUUGUGGUACGAAUAAGGUAUGGAGUAAAAAAGCUUGUGGAUGUGUUUGCAAAGAGAAAAAGUACAUAAAAUGUGCAAGGAAACAAAAGCUAGUGGACGAAGAGACUUGUAUGUGCACUACAAAAGUGAUGCACCCAGAAGCAGAAAAACUGUCAUCUCCCAAACCUCACCCAAAAAGUGGACUUAAGCAAGAGUUUUACAUCAUGAUAUUUAUAGGACAGUUUGUCUUGUUAUAUUCGGUUUUUGAAGCGAUCCUUUACCGUAAGAAAGCUGGUUUGAUAUAUCGGAUCACACGGAGCUGCUUAGCAAAAGGCGCUCAUUUAAACAGCAAGGAGUCAAGCGAAUACAUUUUCAGUGCAUCAACCAGCGAGACAGUAACAAACCUAUCAACUGAAACGGGGCGCCAUCAUGUAGAGGCCACCGUGAAAGGAGGCCAAGCUGUGGUGUAAACUGGAUGCCAGCAAACCUUUCAGUAUCUUGCGACGAAGUCCAUCUCUUUGCUUAAACUGAUAAGCAAGGAUACGUUAUAGCAUGGAAUGAUAUUUUAGGCCUAAGAUCAGUUUUAUCAAAUAUUUCAACGUCUUCAUUAUUUCGGAAAGUUAGGUUUGCGAGUUGGCUCCGAGAUUAAUGUCAAAAUAUAUAUAAUACUUAGGUAUGUGAGAUAGAGAGUAUAAAAUAUUUCCCUUGCAAUGUCUGACCUCCUUUAAAGGUGUAUUUAAUAUGUACCUAUUAAUAAACCUUUUUAAUUAUUUAUUUAUUCAUACAAUAUUUAAGUAUUAAUAUAUAGAAAAGAUGACAAAAAGGCGCAGACUCCUGAAGGUUGAUUAUUAAUUGUAAAUAAUAUUUAUUUUUAUU